AUGGCUGAACCGCUCACAAUAGUCGGAGGGAUUGCAUCUUUUGCCCAAAUAAUUGGCUUGCUAAUAAAACCAACCGAGGUGGCUGCCAAGUUCUGUCAAACAGUGCAUGAUGCGCCAGCAGAGAUCAAGCGUAUCAACGAGAAGCUCAUAUGCCUCAAAGGAAGCCUCGGUGCCUUCCAAGGCCAACUUGUUGAAAUUGAUGGAGAUGAAGAUAUUAUACCCCGGGACAUGCGCUCCACACUUCAUCAUGUCAUUGAAUCUGUCUACAAUGAUAUACUCACUAUAAGUGACAAGUGUGGAAUUGCCUCAUAUUCGUCAUCUACGAGUCUCCGAUACCGUUUCAAAUGGGUGUUACUUGACCAGCACCUCGUCCAUAGCAUGAUGAUACGGCUGCGAGAUUCUGAAGACAAACUCACGUUCAUGAUACAUCUACUGAGCAUGUAG